AUGAAAAGUCUGUGCUCCCCAAGCCUUGCACCGGGAACCCCCUUCAGCCAGUUGGGCUCACACAUCGGCCAUGGUAGCAGUGUUGGGAAGCCCCCCAACACCUCCCACCCCCACCCAGGCCGCGCCAAGUCUAGGACAGACAGCAACACAGGAGCCACCGAGGACCAGGGCCACAGGCAAAAAGACAGCAGCACAAAGGCUGAGGGCUGGAUGACCUGGGGUCAGGGUGUGUUUGUCUGCCAGGCGCGUCUGUGGCAGCACCACGUAUCACAACUCCCAUUUCUCAUCCUGGGUCAACUCCCAUCCCCACAUUCUGGGUCAACUCCCAUCCCUCACCCUGGGUCAACUCCCAUCCCUCACCCUGGGUCAACUCCCAUCCCUCACCCUGGGUCAACUCCCAUCCCUCACCCUGGGUCAACUCCCAUCCCUCACCCUGGGUCAACUCCCAUCCCUCACCCUGGGUCAACUCCCAUCCCUCACCCUGGGUCAACUCCCAUCCCUCACCCUGGGUCAACUCCCAUCCCUCACCCUGGGUCAACUCCCAUCCCUCACCCUGGGUCAACUCCCAUCCCCUGGGUCAACUCCCAUCCCCCAUCCCGGGUCAACCCCCAUCCCGGGUCAACUCCCAUCCCUCACCCUGGGUCAACUCCCAUCCCUCACCCUGGGUCAACUCCCAUCCCUCAUCCCGGGUCAACUCCCAUCCCACAUCCCGGUUCAACUCCCAUCCCACCCGGGUCAACUCCCAUCCCACAUCCCGGGUCAACUCCCAUCCCACACCCCGGUUCAACUCCCAUCCCGGGUCAACUCCCAUCCCGGGUCAACUCCUUUUCCUCGCCCUGGGUCAACUCCCAUCCCUCGCCCCGGGUCAACUCCCAUCCCUCACCCCGGGUCAACUCCCAUCCCUCAUCCCGGGUCAACUCCCAUCCCACAUCCCGGGUCAACUCCCAUCCCCACAUCCCGGGUCAACUCCCAUCCCACAUCCCGGGUCAACUCCCAUCCCUCAUCCCGGGUCAACUCCCAUCCUUCAUCCCGGGUCAACUCCCAUCACUUAUCCGGGGUCAACUCCCAUCCCUCAAGGGCACAGUCAGUACGUCUGUCUAAGUUGGCUGAAAGUCACUGAGGGGAAGGCUGUUUAUCAGAUCCAAGAAAAUUAGUUUGAAACCUUCCCAUCCCCAGCGUCCCACAACAUCACUUCCCCCCGCGAUAGAAUAAGCUGAUAGUGUGUUCUUUACUCUAAUUCGAUUAUGGGUGUUGUUGACUCAGAGUUGUAUUUUUACAACCAAGCAUAAUCACUAAAUAAGUUACUGUAACUAAAAUCAGAUAAAGUCUCUGAGCUCCAUGGGAGUUUCCUCCUCCCUCCUCCCCCUGUUUCUCCUCUUCAUGGUGGCUGAGGUCUGAUGUUGGGAGGCAGGGUACUGUGGUGUCCUGACCUUAGUGAUUCCCAAAGGCCCAGGGAGCUGGUAACCAUGACACCCAUUGACACACAUUCUGCCCUACACCAACUAGCAUAAACACAACACACAUCUACAGUCAGUUAAAUUGUUAUUAUGAUGUUAAAAUAUUUAACUGAUUAUCUUAUCUAACGUAUAUGAUUACACCAGUCUACAUUCUAAAUAAAUAGCAAUAAGAAUCUACUGAGAAAUGGUGCAUGCAGACUUUAAUUGAGAAAGGAGUGGGAGCAAGGCUAACGGGAUGAGAAAUGAGAAGUACCUAUACAGUAGCAGUGAUCGAGCAAGAGAUUCCAGAGUGGUAUGGCUGAGGGAGGAAUCCCAGAUGUAGCAUGAAGAGUAGAGGAAGUGUGUUUAGAACAGAGGGAGAGAGGAGAGGGAGCUCCUGGUUGGGGUUCGGCUGGGUGUCCUGCAGUUUAGUUUGGGUGAUGCUGCUUGCACUCUACCCCCUCGGCAGUUGCUGUGAGAAGAACGUGCUGGAACAGGAGAUGGUACCACACCUUUACAGUCAUUACAGCAACAUCUCUUAACAACAUGCUGCUGAUCAGAACUCUCUGUGGCCACAAUCCAACAUGGCUGAAGCUCCUGGAAAGUCAGUGCCACAGGCAUCCCAAAACAUCCCCAGUACACCAAUCCCUAGCAGUGAGGGACCAGGAUAUAGAUAGGGGUAGGGUGGGAUGGGCUAGCAACUUGCACACAGGGGGGUGGGCUG